UCAAUAGGUCAAUGGUUAGCAGGGGAAAGGUUAUUGAGGGUCAAAAUGGCUGGUGAACCAGAAAGCAUAGAGCGAAUUCUUGAUGAAUUCAUUCCUGCAGAUAAACUGAAGGAUGUAAAGCGUUUAUUUUAUGGUGCAAGCCUUCCCUCCCUUGAGCUUCCAUUAGAAGCACAGGCCUUGGCAGAUGAGAAAAACUUUGAGGUCAGAGGUUAUGUUUUCCAGGCAGCCCAAGAGAGCACAAGGGCCCCAAGAGUUGUUCGUAUUGCUGGUAUACAGAACCAGAUAGUCUUGCCCACCACAGCACCUAUAAUUCAGCAGAGAGAUGCCAUUUUCAAAAGAAUUGCUGAAAUUAUUCAAUGUGCAGCACUGUGCAAGGUGAAUGUUGUAUGCCUGCAAGAAGCUUGGACCAUGCCAUUUGCCUUCUGCACGAGAGAGAAGCAGCCUUGGUGUGAACUAGCUGAGUCAGCAGAGUCUGGCCCAAGUACUAAAUUCUUGCAAGAGCUUGCAGCGCAAUACAACAUGGUGAUUAUCUCCCCUAUAUUGGAGCGGGAUGAAGACCAUGGAGAUAUUUUAGCCAACACAGCAGUGGUCAUCUCUAACACUGGCAAAGUUUUGGGAAAAUCAAGAAAAAAUCAUAUCCCAAGGGUAGGGGACUUUAAUGAGUCUACAUAUUACAUGGAGGGGGAUACUGGACAUCGAGUGUUUCAGACACAGUUUGGCAAGAUAGGGAUCAACAUAUGCUAUGGUCGCCACCAUCCCCAGAACUGGAUGAUGUAUGGAGUCAACGGAGCAGAGAUUGUCUUCAACCCUUCAGCCACUGUGGGAGGACUGAGUGAACCUCUAUGGCCAAUAGAAGCAAGAAAUGCUGCGAUCGCUAACAGUUACUUUACUUGUGGUAUCAAUCGUGUUGGAACGGAAAUCUUUGAGCAUGAAUUUACAUCAGGGGACAAGAAACCUGCUCACAAAGACUUUGGACACUUUUAUGGAUCAAGCUAUGUUGCUGGACCUGAUGGUAGCAGGACACCGGGCCUUUCUAGGACUAAAGAUGGUCUAAUUAUAGCUGAAAUUGACCUUAACCUCUGCAGACAGGUCAAGGACAAAUGGGGCUUCAGGAUGACUCAGAGACUUGACUUGUACGCCAGGGAGCUGAAUGAAGUCAUGCAGCCUGACUGGAAGCCAGACAUCAUCAAAGAUGCCGGUCAUUAACCCGGUCAGCUGUCUGCCUGCCUGCUGGACAGCGCCAGGAGUUCAGUCUCCUGUCUUUGUGUUCACUCAUAUCUGUGCCAGAUUUUUUAUUUAAUGUUCAAGCUAAAAAAUAAUUGUUUUGGUCAGUUAAAAAAAAUAGAGAAAUGAAAGGUAUAAUAAGAAAAAGUAAUUUCGUUAUAAUAAUUUUAAAAUGUAUUUAUAGAACUGAAAUAGUUUUAUCUAUCAUACCUUAAUAUGCUAAUUUGAUCCUUUGUGAAAAUUUUGUGAGCAAAUUAAUAGAAUCUCAAUGUUUUUGUAUUCAUGAUUAAUUUAAGUGAUAUUGUUACACACAUUGUUGGAUAAUUCUAAUAUUUAUUUUUUAAAUCAAGUGCCUUAAUUGUAAUGAAACAUAAUUUAUCUCUAAAACGUUAUUAAAACCUAUAUCUGGUUUAUGCAUUCGAAAUGCAACCCACAAUAAAUUCUAAAACAAGGAUUUAGUU